AUGGCUCCUUCCAACCUCCCCCCCAUUUUCAAUGCUACUUCGCAGGACAUUGAGAUGCUGCUCGCAGCUCAAUGCCACUUGGGAUCCAAGAACUUGCAAGUGCACAUGGAGCCUUACCUCUGGAAGACUCGUCCUGAUGGAAUCAACGUGAUCAACAUCGGCAAGACCUGGGAAAAGAUUGUCCUUGCUGCCCGUAUCAUCGCGGCCAUUGACAACCCCGCUGAUGUCGCUGUUAUCUCUGCUCGUCCCUACGGCCAGCGCGCCGUCUUGAAGUUUGCCGCCCACACCGGUGCCACUGCUAUUGCCGGUCGGUUCACCCCCGGUAACUUCACCAACUACAUCACUCGCUCCUUCAAGGAGCCUCGCUUGAUCAUCGUCACCGACCCCCGCACCGAUGCCCAGGCUAUCAAGGAGGCCAGCUACGUCAACAUCCCCGUCAUUGCUCUCUGCGACACCGACUCCCCUACCGACUUCAUCGACGUUGCCAUCCCUACCAACAACAAGGGUCGUCACGCCAUCGGUCUCAUCUGGUGGUUGCUCGCCCGUGAGGUCCUCCGUCUCCGCGGCACUCUCGCUACCCGCGAGACCGAGUGGGACGUCGUUGUCGAUCUUUACUUCUACCGCGACCCUGAGGCCGAGGAGACCAAGGAGAUCACCGAGGAAACUAAGGUUGCCAGCGCUGACGAGGUCGGCCCCGCUGCUAUUGAGUCUGGCUUCGCUGGUGACAGCUGGGACGCCGCUGGUGCUGCUGCUGCUGGUCCUGGUGCUAUCCCCGCCCCUGCUUUCGCUGCUGCCUCUGGUGCUGCUGGUGCCAGCUGGGAAGCCGAUGGUGGUGACUGGGCUACUGAGACCCAGGCAACUGCCACCGCCGCCGCUGCCGCUACUGCCAACCCCGAAACCAAGUGGUAA